AUGGAUCAAGUCCCGGGCAGAAAACCCCAGGCAGACGCCUGUGUAUUGGACGUGACCUUUUGCCAGCCUUGUUUCCAGGAUGGUGAAACGCGUCCAGUCGAAGAUUACUGUACCAUCUGCAAGGAGUGUAUGUGCUCCAUCUGCACAAACGUACACAAGAAACAAAAAACGACUAAGUCCCAUACAUUUCUUGACAAGAGCAACCUGCCUAGUACAAUGCGAGAUCUUACAACCAGUGAAGAAGAAAGCAAACAUUACUGCGACAUCCACCCUGGGGAAUAUAUCAAAUACUUCUGUCCGACCCAUCAGACACUUAAUUGCGGUCAUUGCUCAGUUCUUAAUCAUCAAUCUUGUAAACAGCAGAUAAUUUCGGAAAUUGGUAAAGCCUUCAAAGAGGGCAAGGGUUAUGAAGCAAUCAAACAAGAUAUUGUCGAAUUACUGAGAGAAACUGAAGCAUGUGUGUCUGAGGUUAAAGAAAACAUUAAGCUCGUAGAAGGCUUUGGGGAAUAUGCGAUAACUGAGAUAAGGAACUAUCGAGAUAAGAUCAACAAAUACUUUGAUGAACGUGAAAACGCACUGCUGAUGAUCAUUACCCAGAUGCAAAGCAUAGACGAAACCUUUCUGGGCUCUCUGAAAUCAGAAUGUGACAACCUUAAGAUGGAGGUCAAUGCAAUCAAAGCAAAACUAGUAGCUCGCGAGAACAACACUUGCCAGCUAUUCGUUGAGGCCCACGUAACCAAGGACGUGCUGAAGGGACUACAAUUAACUCUUGCCGACAUAAACAUGAAAAAUUCAAUUCACCAGUAUCGGUUUAGAAAGGACCCAACCACUGAGAAACUGCUAGGUUCUAAGACUGGUUUCGGCUCUAUUGAAGAUCUGGCUAAUGCAAAUGCUCUAGGUUUGGACGAGCACACCCCUUCAGCAGUUGUCGAUAACCAAGCUGCCGAAACAACUAAGACAUUCUCGGCCAAUACAGUUACAACAUUAUAUUUGAAUCCUAGUGGAGCUCAAAUAUCUGCAAAACCAAAACAUGAAAAGCGGAACAUAGUCUAUGACCUGACAAGCCUGACGUUUACCCCAGCCCGAGAUAUACUAGUGAAGUCACCAUAUGACAGCAAAGACGGCUGGCUGACCAGCUUGCUCCUUCUGCCUGGAGACAGGCUGCUACUUGCUGACAAUUACAACGAUACAGUGAAGCUUGUAGACCUCAACACCAGCAGCCUAGUGGCCGAGGUCAGUGUCACAAAAGAGCUAUGGGACAUGUGUCUCCUCCUUUGGGACUGGGUAGCUAUUUGUUCGACUGGUAGUAUCCAGUUCCUGGACACUCGGGGGCAGCUCUCCCUUAGGCAUACCAUCAAGGUGGAUGGCGAAUGUCAUGGUGUUGGUUACGAUGACAAUAACUUAUUUGUGUCAUACUGCGGCGGGAAAGUGGAGAAGAUGGAUAUGGAAGGGAAAGUGUUGAAGAAAGUAUCAAAAGGUUGGUUUUCUAACAGCCCGUUUAAGAAACCUUUCUACCUUACAGUAGUCAGUGAAGGUCCGUCAAAGGCCAUUUAUGUGUCAGACCAUGGCACAGACACAAUCACCAAGCUGGACAUGAAUCUUAACAUUCUCCAGACAUUUCAGGACCCUGCAUUGAGAGAUCCAAGGGGCAUCACUGUAGUGGGAAACCAACUGAUUAUCUGUUGUCGAGAAAGUAGCCAUAUAAAGUGCCUGGACUUGCUCAGUGGCCAUAUGACUCAGCUACUGGGAAAGAAAGAUGGGAUAGCGUCGCCACGCAAUGUCACCUACAGUCAGCAGCAUAACAAGAUGUACGUUACUAUCGACACCUAUGUGAAUGCAGACUAUGUUAAGGUGUAUAAGGCCUAGAAAAUAUGUCUGUUUCGGAUAACCCGACCCUACCUAUAAAAAUGCGCCGACCCUAACUAUUUUUUUUCCGUUUCAGAGCAAAAAAAAAUAUUCGUUAGCGAAUAGAGAGUUACGAAGGGCGGAUAAAUGCAGAUUUUAAUCAGAAUUAUUGUUUAUAUGAUAAAACAAAGUCAGGCAAUGACAGUAAUGUAUGAAAGACUGCCAUGUGCAAGAAAACACUCUGAACUUACGACAGAUUUUGAAAAAAAUCAAUAAAAAAAAUCCCUACCUACCCUACCUAGAAAUUUUGGGAAGGUUACCCGAAACAAACAAUUUUUUUUUGGCCUAAGACAUAAAAGUUUUAUUAGAUAUAUUCCAUAAGCA